GCCCAUUCUUUUCCGCCGGGCACCGCCAACUUUGUUCGGAAUCGAACCGCUUUCACUUAAGCUCAGUCGACGGCGAUGGCUCUCAAGGCAGUGCUCGCAUCCGGCGCCGUCCCGAAUAUCGACCAGGUCCACCUGCCAGCGGAGGCCGUGCGGCUGCCCAAUAGGGCCGUGGCGUCGGGGUUCGUGGUGUUGGGGCACCGAGGCAAGGGGAUGAAUGCGCUCGCGUCGCCAGAUCGGAGGAUGAGUGCGGUCAAGGAGAACUCGAUUCUCUCAUUCAAUCGAGCCGCUCGCUUCCCCAUUGACUCAAUCGAGUUCGACGUCCAGGUGACCAAGGACGAUUGCCCUAUCAUCUUUCACGACGAUGUCAUCCUCACAGAACAUGCUGGUGAGAUCAUGGAGAAGCGUGUCACUGAUCUUUGCUUGGAAGAGUUCCUUUCCUAUGGGCUUCAAAGAGAUCCUUCCAAGGUGGGUAAAUUACUGCUAAGGAGGAUUCAUGAUGGGAGAGUGUUGAAUUGGAAUGUAGAAGAUGAUGACUACCUCUGCACAUUGCAAGAGGCUUUUGAGAAGGUGGACCCUCGUUUGGGAUUCAACAUUGAGCUUAAAUUUGUGGACCAUGUCGUUUAUAGCGACGAAGAACUUGUGCAUGCACUUGAAGCAGUCUUAAAGGUUGUUUACCAGUAUGCAGGUGAAAGGGCAAUCAUCUUCUCAACAUUCCAGCCGGAUGCAGCGCGGCUAAUAAGAAAACUUCAAAGUGCUUACUCGGUUUUCUUCCUCACAACUGCAGGCACCGAAAUAUACAAUGACAUCAGAAGAAAUUCGUUAGAUGAGGCUAUCAAUCUGUGUUUAGCUGGUGAUUUGCAAGGCAUUGUUUCAGAAGUUCGAGGAAUCUUCAGGUAUCCAUCAGCAGUGUCCAGAAUCAAGGAAUCCAACCUUUCCCUGCUAACAUAUGGCAAGCUCAACAAUGUCCCUGAGGCUGUAUACCUGCAGCAUCUGAUGGGCAUCAAUGGCGUUAUCGUCGACCUCGUAGAAGAGAUCACUGAGUCUGUUUCAGAUAUCAUACAACCGACAUCGGCUGCCAAUUUCUGUGGUUCAGCACGGCCAAUGCAGGCAAAGCAGGGCACGAGACCAGGCUUCUCUGAGCGAGAACUCUCGUUCCUGCUCAAGCUUAUACCUGAGUUGGUGCAGCAAUGAUCUUGAUAGAGUCGCAUAGGAAUUCAUUGUAGCAAUCUUACACAUGAAUGUUUCAUCAAUGGAGAAGAAUGAAGUUUCAAUAAGAGAUUCUGGCUCUUUGCUAGUUUGCUUUGGGUCGUUUCAGGAAUCAGCUGUCUGCAGCUACUUUUAGACAACAUGAUAGAUACAACCAUUGAAAUGGAUUUAAAGAUUUGAAAUUCUUUGUAACAACUUUGUAGGUCCAGCAUGGAUUAAAGACGAUAGAUUCUUCUUUA